GUAAGAAAAACCAUUUAGACCCAGUAUCACAUUCUAACGCUCACCAUUCUUUCUCGCUUCUCUGUCAAUUUGACUUCUUUUUCUUGUUGGAGCUUCGCACAUUCUAUCCCUAACAAUUGUAUCUCUCUUCUCUGUGGUUUUACACAUUCUAGUCCUAACCAUCGACCCGAUCCUCACAUUCUAGCCCCCUAACAACUGUAUCUUUCUUCUCUGUUAUUUCACAUACCACCGUCGACUUCAAGCAGCAUAGUUUUCCGUAGACGGUAAAAACUUCAGAGACUUCAAGUGUCAGGGCCUACUUCUUUACCAUCGCCUUUGCAUUUCAAGCAUGAUAUGGCUAUGUUGAAUUUGAAGAAGUUAGUCUAAGAGCUAGGUUUCUUUUGCAACUGAGAUAGAUCUCUCAAAUUUCAGAGUUUAUGGAAGAGUGAAAAAUGAUUUAUGGAAGCUCUGUAUGCAAAGCUUUACAACAAGUAUGAUGCUCUAAAGAAGAAAAGAAUUUCUGAGUUAGAUGAGAUCAACAAAGAUCAAGAAUUAAAGUUUUUGAAUUAUGUAACAGCUGCAGAAGAGCUGAUACAACACUUGAAAGUUGAAAAUGACAUGUUGCAGGAACAAGUUAGUGAAUUGAGAAACCAAGUUGCUUCAAUCAGGUCUACCAAGGACAAUGAAUGUGCACAAUGCCAAAAGCUGUUAAUGGAAGAGAACCAAAAGAAUGAAAAGCUUGUUAAGGAAGUUGAGAGGCUUCAAAAGCUUCAAGAGCAACUUUUUUCCAGUUCAAAGGAUUACAAUAAUGAGAGUGUGCAGCACAAUAUGCUUGAAACUCCUCAAGUUUCACUAGGAGAGGUUAUCAGUGACUCAAUAAGAUCAAGAAGAAAGCGCAGUCGAGAAGACGGAACUCAGAUGGAAAAUGUUACUACUCCUGGUCAUCAAGAUGAUUUAUCCUUAAGGGAAUCAGCACAGGAUUCAUCUAGGGAAACUUUGUCCAUUGUAGAUCUGGAAAAUGAGCAGCAGCCUGAAUGUUGUAAAAGAACUGUUUGCAGAUCAGCCAAUGGAGUCAUGAAUGAUGGUAGUUAUGCUACUUGCCAGUUUCAAGCUCUUAUUGAAUGCUUAAUGGGCAUGAAAUUUUCUAGUGUGAACCAAACUGAAGGAAUAUGCAUUUCAGCUCUACAUCAAUCAAGUGGUUACGCGUUCAGUCUAACAUGGAUAAAGAAGGAUGGUGGAGAAGAGCCAGAGCUGCUAUACCGGGUGUCAACGUUGGGGACAUUUGAGAGGGUAGCGCCAGAGUGGAUGAGAUCGGUACUGAUGUUCAGCACAAGCAUGUGCCCAAUCUUCUUUGAAAGGGUGGCCCGCGUUAUCAAAAUGCAUCAUUGAUGGUUCUUUCUUAUGCUUAGUAUAUCUAUUGAUUUUCUUAACAUUGUAAAUGGGCAGUUUUAUGCAUGGGACUUGCACCAUGGAUUCAGCUCAUUCAUUAUUGUGUCUCAUGGAAUGUAAUUUCACCAUUUGUAACAUUCAGCCUGUAAGUUUUGAGCAUACUUGCGCUCUGUUGGAAUACUUUUUGAAUGCAAAUGUCGAGGUUUGAGCGUUGCUAAA